AUGAUUAAUGAUGCAUCCCAGAUGGAAGAGACCCCACCCCAAUCGUUUACAUAUUCUCUUUUUUCUUUCUUUCGCUUUUUCCUUCCUUCCUUCUUUACUUUCUUCCUUUCUUUCUUUCUUUUAUUCAUUCAUUCAUUCUUUCUUUCUUUUUUUUUUUCAAAAUCUUUUGUAGAUUUUUAUAAACUUUUCAUUGUUUCUUUCUUUAUCUUUUCUUCCGCCACAUCAAGUGUUUCUUUAAAGCUUUCGUUAAUUUCUUUUUCUUCUUUCUCCCAAUCUGUGCUGUUCUCCAUCACCUCCACCUCCAUUUUCCUUUCUUUUUCUUUUUUCUUUUUCUUUUUUCUUUUUUCUUUUUCUUUCUUUCUUUCUUUCUUUCUUUCUUUCUUUUUCAUUUUCCCUUUUAAAUCUCUUUUAUAUUUAUAUAAUUUCUUGUUAUUUAUAUUUAUAAUUUUUUUUAUUUAUUCUUCUUCAAUUUUCUCUUUAUUUUUUAAUCCUCUCCUAAUCUAUUCUCCUUCACCUCUUACUUCCCCCUUCAUUUCUUUCUUUUUUAAACGCAAUUUUUUAUCCUUUUUAUUUAUUUUUAUUCCAUUCUUUCUUUCUUUCCUUCCCUUCCUUUCUUUCUUUCUUUUAGUCAUUCUGUUUUCUUUCAUCCAUUCAUUGUUUCUUUCUUCUUUUUUUUUUAACCAUGUUUGUUUUUAA